GAGAAGCGGCGCACUUCUUACCGGCGAAACCUUUCAAGUCGCCCAGUUGCCACUCUGAAUAACAGAAGGCAGCGUGCGUCUGCUCUUAUCAGUUAUCCUGCUCAUCUGAAACGUCUAGUGGUCAGCGACACUCAGAGCCGAUAGGCUGGUUAGGUUAUUUGGUGACUCCAAACAAGAUUAAAGAACAUUCACUGAAGCCGCUUUAGUAGAUUGUUACAUUUUAUUCAACUGAGUCUGCUCUAGUUGGGCCACUAAAAAAAUCCCCUUUACAGUUUAGCACCUUACUAUGUGUGCUAAUGCGCUCUUAAUACACAGACGCGUCUGAAGUAGGCGGCAGCGCUUUCUGAAUUCAUUUGAUAAUUAAGCUCAUCCUCCUGACUCCGGACAACGAUUGUUUCAGGAGCCCAAGCACAUUAAGUAACCUCCCGCAUACCGCAGUGAUCCUUCUCUGUACGGUGAUCCUCCUAUUUGAGCCGCGCGGCCACCUCACAUCUUCUUCAAGAUAUGCCGCUGUCAUUUCUGCCAGCACUGGUGCUGUGCUUUGCAGCUUACGCUGCCAGGGCAUGGACAGUAACGAACAGCACGGACCACUCGCUGGAGACAGCUGGUAGCUUCAAGGAGACCGCUUCAGCCGUGGACUCUGGGAGCAUCUCCAAAACCCGAAGGAAGAGAUACAUUUCCGAAAACGAUAUGAUUGCUAUUCUAGAUUACCAUAACAAGGUCAGAGGACGAGUCUUCCCACCUGCUGCUAACAUGGAAUACAUGGUUUGGGAUGAAACUCUUGCAAAAUCUGCAGAAUCGUGGGCUUCGAUGUGCAUAUGGGAUCAUGGGCCCCAGUAUCUCCUGAGAUUCCUGGGUCAGAAUUUGUCAGUAAGGACUGGACGCUAUCGAUCCAUUCUUCAACUAGUGAAACCCUGGUAUGAUGAAGUGAAGGAUUAUGCAUUUCCAUACCCUCAAGACUGCAAUCCCAGAUGUCCAUUAAAAUGCUAUGGCCCAAUGUGCACGCACUAUACCCAGAUGGUGUGGGCCACUUCCAAUCGAGUUGGCUGUGCGAUCAAUACUUGCCAUAAUAUGAAUGUCUGGGGUUCAGUAUGGAGAAGAGCUACCUACCUGGUGUGCAAUUAUUCGCCCAAAGGAAACUGGAUUGGAGAAGCUCCCUACAAAGUAGGAGUUCCAUGUUCUGCGUGUCCACCAAGUUAUGGAGGUUCUUGCAGCAACAACAUGUGCUUUCCAGGAGUCACUUCAAACUACCUGUACUGGUUUAAAUGAGAUAUUUCUACAUGCUCUUUAACUUCAAUUAAUUUGCACAUCUUUAUAAUUCCAAGAGUCUUGCAUUUGUGAUCAGUUGAUUGUUCUCUGGACUGUGACUAGAGCAGGGCCAGGAGAUAACAUUUAAGUUGUGCUGCUCUUGUAUUGUAACAAAGAGAGUACUUUGAACAAUUAAUUUAAAAUUCACUUGCAUUUUAAGUUUAAAUAUUCAUCUCGAUUGCGACCAUUUUAAACAUAGGACAUUUUCCUGUUAACUGGUUAAUGUACUUUGAGCUGAAGUGUCACCUUAGUGUGGAAUUUACAGCUAUUUAUAUACUUAUCAUUUAAAUGGUAACUACAUAGAAGAAUAAUGCAAGUAUGAAGUCAUUUGUGUACCUUUAUUACAAAAGGUUUUAAGCAUGUAUUAACUUUUUUUUAAUCAAGGUUACAGUUUUAUCUAAAGGCCGACCAAUAUUAAUUUAAAAACAAUGCAGUCUUUCGAUAUAAGAUAUUUUUAAUAAUACACAGUCUUUAUGUCAUAAAUGGUGCUUCAUCAAUUCAUAGAUAUUGUUAACUGGUGUACAACUUAUUUGG